CUCAUUCCGUAGUUGAAGAAAAACGCAAAAACUGCAGAAUUUUCAUUGGCUCAAGGAUUCCUUCCCUACAAUUAUCUGCAGUUUUGGAAAAUCUAUUUUUUCCCUUUAAAUUGCAAUGUCUUUCUGUCCUCCGCGGGCUAUCGUAGGGAGGCGAGACGAGCAAGGGAUUGGCGUAUGAUUGACGGAGGGAUCCGCCAACAGUUUCCUCGGGCGCUUCUCCGGACGCGAGGCGGUUACUAGGCAGCGCUUCCUGGACACGGCGGCGUCUGUGUAUAAUCAGGGCAUGGCCGCUCGAGCAAAAACUAACCGCAAUAUGUUUGAGACUUUUUAAUGGAACAAGUCACUCUUACUGCAAAAUGCAAGUGGGACAGAACAGAUGGUUUGGAUUCAAACUUAAUUUAGCUGACCUUAAAUGAAGUCUAUUUGAAUAUCAAAGCUCUGAUCAUUUGGAUGAAUUGAAGAAAAUGGCCUCCACAGAAAAUCUUCGUCAGAAGAUAAAAAGUAAGCGAAAGGCAUUGCAAGCAUCUCUAACUGGGAGCAGUGAAGUCAGUGAUACUCAGGGAUUGGUUUCUGCAGAAAUGGAAAACGGUACAAGAAAUGAAAAUGCUACUUUUAUUGAGGAUAUUCAGGAUGAGGAUGAACAAGCGGAGAACCUCAAACAGACUAUGAGAGCUCAAAGGCGACGAAGAAAAGCCCCCCUUGUGGAUGAUGUUAUUGAAUUUAAUCAUGAAGAAUCCCCGCAGGACAUCACCAAAAUCACUCGUCGUCAGAGAUCUCUUCCUCCUCUUGGUGAGUGUACCCCAAGUACUAGUUUUGCUGAAUACUCCAUGCGAGAGAAAAUGAGGGAAAAACUGAAAGCAGCCAGGUCUAAGGCUCAAAGCGCCCUUCAGCAAGAGGAAGAGAGUGCCUCUCGGUAUCCAACAGACCUCGGAGACCAAUCAUCAAUCACUCAAUUUGAUACUGAGGUUGAUGAAGAAUAUGCGAAGAGACCAAGAGAUGCUGAAUCACCGAUUCCUCCUCCAAGGGUUAGGUUUCGUGAGAUAGCAAGUAGAUUGAAGCCAAAACCAAAGGAAGGGUUCCCAUCCACUGAGGAGGCAUACAACUUCUUCACCUUCAAUUUUGAUCCUGAACCUGAAGAUUCAAACGAAGGGUCAGAAGUGAGGAGUCACCCGCAAACACUUCAUGACGUUGAUCAGGGUGAAGAGGAAGCGGCAGAGGAGGGUGGUGAAGAGUCCGCAGUCAGCAAAGAUGAGGAAAAGGAGGAAGAAGGAAAGGAAGAGGAUGAGAGGCUUGUGAAUGAUGAUGAGGAGGAUGAGGAUGACUAUCUCUUUAUAAUUGAUCAGACAGCUCGUGAUUUUCUCAUAGUGAAAGCUCCUGAUUAUGAAGGCUACAACAAUCGACAGCAGAGAGAUAGAAAAGUCCUUUUUAUCCCCAGUAUUCUGUCAGUAUCUACAUCAGAAAAGGUUCCUGAAAACAUGCAACCAAGGUUUCUUGAAGAUGAAGGCAUAUAUGUUGGAGAAAAACCAAAAGUUUCCAAAUCCAACCAAAACAUUAUUGAGAAUCGACUACUUAAAAAUGAAGAGGGAAAAAGAUGGUUUGGAAGCGAUGGCAGAGUUAUAGCCUUGGCUAACCCAAUUAAACAGACCAAAACCAGACCACCUAUUUUUUCACCCCAUGAUGAAGUGGAUCCUGCAAUAGAAACUUUAUAUAGAAAGGCCGAGAGGUCAAGGUACAAUAGUCAAUAUAUCGCUGGUUCAGGUGAGCCACAGGGACACUUUCAACUGGACAUCGAUGUUGCUGGUAUUGUUUUCAGCCACCACCCAAUGUUCAGUCGUGAACAUGUAUUAGAGGCCAAACUGGCUCAACUGUAUGAUCAGUAUCAACUUCGACAACAGAAGAACCUUGCCAACCUUUACACUGACAAGUUGUGUGCACUAAGGAAGGCGGUGAACAAUAUUGCAGAAGGCCAAGGUGUGCAGAAUCCAAUGGCACUGCACAGACUUGUGGAAUAUAAAUCAGAGAUCCGAGCAACCCGAAGAAUGUGUCACCUGGAACAAGAGAGAGAUCGGACCCUGCUGAAGAAUAUUAUUAAAGUAUGGAAAGAUAUCAAGUCACUUAGAGAGUUCCAGAAAUUCACUAACACACCAGUGAAACUACAUCUUAGAAGGCAGGAGGCCAAUAGAAAAGCCGACGAAUUAAGUUAUGAACAUGAAAUCCAGGCUGAGAUUGCAGAACUACUGGAAGACUAUCAAGAAGUCUACGAUAGUAAGCUGGAGGAAUAUAAAAUAAAGUAUGAGGAAUGGAAAUCCUGGAGAAAGGCAAGAAAAGCAAAGAAGAAACAGAAAAGAGUUGCGGGCGAGCAGCAGGAUGACGACACGGAUGAGAGUUUGACGGCUGAAGAACUUCCGAAGCCUGAUCCUCCCGAGCCAGUUGAUCCUUCGGUCGUAGAGGAGCAAGUCCGGGAGACGGCUGCCAGAAUCUAUCGGAAGCCCGGAGAACCCUUGCUGUAUCCUGAACUGAGCAUGACAGCUACAGUAACCCCCACCAACCAGUGCCCAAGAGGAGAGCAACUGCGAAGACAGGACGUACAGCGAUGCACUCUAUUUGCUAAAGUUCUCUUUAACAACAAGGAAGUUUCCAGGACAAGUAGCCGAACAUUGGGUAUUGAUUUUAGGAUUCAUUUUGGGCAAAUCUUCAACAUGCAGAUAGUCAACUGGCCAGAAAGUAUAAAAAUUCAGAUAUUUCAAACCAUAGGGACAAGCACCACAAAGAUAGAAGUCUUUGUUCCCAUCCCAGAAACCAGUAUCCUCACAGGGAGUGCUCCAAUUGAUGAAAUGGAGUUUAGUAGUGAUCAGCGUGUGAUGUUUGACCAUGAAGGUGUUGGCAGCGGAGUGGCAUUUUCCUUUGAAGUAGAUGGAAGCAAUCAGCUGAUCCUGUUGACUUCAGGCAAGCUAGCGUGCAGUGUGUCCUGGGCAGUGGAUGAGAAUGGUGUGCCAUUGGUGCCUCCUGUGCUUCAUCAGAACUAUGGGAUUCAAAGCACUCUGAAACACCUGGAUGCCAUAUCAUCUAUUGGCGCAACUGGAUUAACAGACACAAAAAAACUGGCUAAGUGGGCAGCAGAGUCGAGGCUUGAUCCAAAUGAUCCCAGCAAUGCAGCUUUGAUGCAACUGAUAAUGUCUGCAACAAAUGGUGAGGAACCAAACAAAGAUUACUUCCGGCUUGAUCACCUACAAGAAGAAUUUAACUUUUUAUCCGAAGAGGCUUUGAAUAAAUCCAAGCGAUUUCGACUCUUACAACUCCGAAAUGACGGAGUGACAGAGUUCCUUAAUUACAAACAAAUUCCCAUUAAGGAUUCAGAGAUUUCUGAGAAGAUUUUCCAGGAAUACAAGAAUAAACAAUGUGACAGAGAAACAUUUGAUCUGACAAGCCACCUCGAUGUUCAUCGAGCAAAAGUGGCGAAAUACCUGCAAAAGGUUCGGGACUCUGUAACAAGUAGGUUUCUGCUGGCAAAGCAUCAUUAUACCUUACCAGAUAUGGUUAUUGAAGAGGCAGUCCCCAGCAUAAGUAUGUUAGGUGUCAAUCUGUUCAGACUGGCGGAACCGAGGAGGCCACUUAGACCACGAAGAAAAGAGAGGAAGAAGGUCACGGCCCAGAACCUUUCUGAUGGAGAUAUUAAACUUCUGGUGAACAUUAUUCGAGCCUAUGACAUACCAAUACGUAAAUCCAUGGGAAGACCAGCACUAACUUCCAGAUCUGCAAGAUCUGUUAGUGAAACAUUUCCAACCUCUCAGCCACCCCAGAUAUCAGCUGAAAGCCCGGAGUGGUGUACUGACCAGGUUUCAGUGCAUCCUUUUGUGGAGGUUUCAUUUCAACGUAUAGUCCGCCAAACUGCUACUCUAGUUGGCCCAAACCCUAACUGGAAUGAAGAACUGGAACUCCCAUUCAGAGCACCUAAUGGGGAUUAUAGUACUUCCAGUCUGCAGUCCGUUACAGAUGAAGUUUUCAUCAAUGUUUUUGAUGAAGUUGUUUAUGAUGUUCUAGAGGAUGAUAGAGAGCGUGGAAGUGGCGUUCAUACCCGCACUGAGAAACACUGGUUGGGUUUUGUGCAUAUCCCAUUUACUACCAUCUACUCCCAGUCCCGGAUUGAUGGAACCUUCAGAAUUAAUAUACCCCCAGUCCUCCUUGGAUACAGCAAAGAACGCAAUCUAGCCAGUGAAAGAGGAUGGGAGGCAGUUCGGAGCCUAAGUGAUGGUUCUUAUCUGUCUCUCUUCAUUACUGUUGAACCUCAUCUUGUACCUGGAGAACCUGUAAUUGAAAAGUUUGAAUCUCAGGAGGAUGAGAAACUACUGCAAAGAGCUGACAAGUUCCAGAAAGAAGUCGCCCAAAAGUUUCGUAAUCGUCGAUGUGUUACAACAGUCACUGAUCUCACUGGCAAAAUGGUUUUUGUUACAAGAUACAUUAAACCACUUUUUCCACCCCAGGAGCUGCUGGAUGUGCUACCUAAUAGUUCUGAGGCCACGAUGGAACUGUUGGCCCGUUAUGUCUCUCUGAUUCCCUUUCUACCAGACAGUGUGACCUUUGCUGGAAUCUGUGACUUAUGGUGCACUUCAGAUCAAUUCCUGAACUUACUUGCUGGUGAUGAGGAGGAACAUGCAGUUCUGCUCUGCAACUAUUUCCUAGCGCUGGGAAAGAAAGCUUGGCUGGUGAUAGGGACUGCCAUUCCUGAGGGUCCAACCGCAUAUGUGCUGAGCUAUGAUCACAACCAGUAUGUGAUCUGGAACUCUACUACUGGACAGUACUAUGGACAAUUUGAUGCAUUCUGUUCCUUGCAAAGUGUCAGCUGCUUGGUUAGUGCUGAAAACGUCUGGUUCAAUGUGCAGAAAUAUGAAACUGUUAUGAGAAUUAAUUUUGAUACCAGCAAGUCAAACUUGUGGAAGCCGUUUUUUUCACGAAGCUUUCCAUUUCCAGGCUUAUCAAGUGUUCAGCCGGAUGAGCUGGUUUACCAACACACCGACAAGGCAGCUGCAGUAGAACUUCAGGAUAAGAUUGAAAAGAUCUUGAAAGAGAAGAUAAUGGAAUGGAGACCAAGACAUCCCACCCGCUGGAACAGAUACUGCACGUCAACUCUACGGCAAUUCCUGCCUAAACUUGAGCUGAGCCAUGGUCGAGAGGGUGGAGAUGACCAUUGUGCAGAGCUGCAGAGUCUGUUGGGCGAUUAUAGGAUUUCUGGGUUUCCUAUCCACAUGUCUUUCUCGGAAUUGAAGCCAGUCAUUGAAGCUGUACACAGCACUGGUGUCCAUAACACAGAGACCCCUCUGGCAGAGUUUGCUUUGGCUGUGUACAUUCACCCAUAUCCCAACAAUGUUUUAUCUGUAUGGAUUUACGUGGCAUCCUUGGUCCGCAACAGAUGACAUACUCAAUGAACUGCAAUCCCUGCCAUCUUGAUGUCAGCAGGAAAAGAAUACUUGUUCUUGGUGUCUUUGCCUUAUUGAAACUGACAGUACUUUCGGAUUUGAGUUCACUAUAUUGCCGAUGAGAUAGGGAAAACCAUACUUACCACUGUUUUAUCAUGUUCAAUUUUAUUUCAAAGUUCUAUAACUUAGUUUUAUACUGCAUAUUUCUUGCACCUUCAUGUAAAAUGUGACUGCAUAAAACCUUGCAAGUCAUUCCUCAUAACGCAAACAAUCCUGAUUUCUUCCUCCAUCUUGCAUUAUAGUGAACUUGUCAAAUUUGACAGGUUUAAUUUUAAAUCUAAUUGAAAACUUAGAUCUGUGACAGUCUGUGCUUUGCGACAGAGCACAACUGAACAGAAAAAAUGUAUUUCAAGAAAUAAAUGGAAUGGAAGUACUCAGCAGGUUAGUGUAUGUGGAGAGAGAAACAUAUAUAGUGUUUCAGGUCACUUACUUGUCAUCAAAACUGGUCAGUUCUGAAACCAAUUGGAAUACCAGAAGCUGUUGAGGACUACAAUGUGCUCAUCGGAAGAGGAGAUCCAAUUUCUUGAACAUGCCUUGAGCUUUCUUGGGACAAUGUCAAGACGGAGAUGUCAGAGUGGAGUGGAGAAAUAAACAAUUUGUUCCUACAAACAUUGAAAGUAAUAAUCAUAGUAUACUGCUUGUAUGCAAGUCAGAUCAUCUUUUUUAUUUUGUAAGGUGAAUUGUUGCUAAUGCAGUUAAAAUUCUAACCUCAGUCUUCAAUUUGUUUUUUUUUCCUUUUCUCCUUUCUGUUAUUGUUUACAUGUUUACAUGUUUAAACUUAAUCUUUGCAAUAACUUAUUCACUGCUCUCUAUUUUCUUUCAUAUUUCUCCUACCUUAUGUUCACUGUAAAGACAUUUUAAUCCUGAUUCCUCAAUUUAAAAAUAUGGUUUUGAUUUUUCUUCCUAAAUGAAAUUAAAAGGACCAUCAUUUAAUAAAACAGAUCUCCAAACAUAGGAAAAAAUCCUAAACGCUGGGAAGCCAAGCCAAGGACAAAGAACUGCUUAAGGACCUGUCCCACUGUACGAGGUAAUUCAAGAGUUCACCCGAGUUCUACCCUGAUUCGAGCUUGUGUAAUAUACGUAGCGGGUACGUAGGGGCUCAUACUAGUAAAAAGUAAAAAUGUUUUUCAUCACAAGUAUUUUUUUACUCGUGGACAUUUUUCACAGUUGAAAAAACGUAACGAGUUUACCGGAUUUCCCGAGUACCUACCGUUACUCGUACGAGCCGCUACGUGACAUCCACGAGCCCCUACGUACCCGCUACAUACAUUACACAAGCUCGAAUCAGGGGAGAACUUGGAAAACUCUUGAAUUAUCUCGCAUAGUGGCCCUUUACUGGCCGAUGUGUUUCCAGAAAUUACAGUUUCUGAAAUAGAUCCCAAUUGUUACAGAGCAAUGCACAAAUCUUGGAGUUUGCAUCAAGUGUGCAUCAACUGUAUGCACUUGACGCUAUAAUUACUUUGCCAAAAUGGAGUUAACUACCAAUAUUUUCACUCAAGUCUGUGAAAACAAACUCAACCACAAAGCUGGCAAUGAUUCAAUAUAAUAGCACAGCAGGAGCAGUUGCAUUCAACCAUUGACUGGAAUGUGAUUUUGUCAUGGGGCUUAGACCAAGUGAACAUUUGUUCCAGGGUUUGCUGCAGCUGAAUAAACAAAUGAAUUGGUUGCACAGGUUUACUAUUAGUCAAGGACAGGUCAAUACAUUUGGGUUGAGAUCAUUUUCAUUGUAUUUAAAAUAUUGAAGGAGUUAUUUUUUGGAACAGAUCCGAUGAAGCUUCAGCUAUUAGUCAAUGUAACUGCAAGCAAUUAAUAAUGGGUUUGUGUCAGUAGGAGAAUCUGAACACCUCCCAAAAUGGGAGCGGCCUCUGGAAACCUUUCAUUACGCUCAGGGAUGAGGAUAUAAUCAUGUACAGAAAUUAGCUUGAGCAAUAUAAAAGUAAUUGGAAAUUAAUUUAGGGUUAAAAUUACACAAUAUUUUGUAUGGUUUAUUUUAAUGAUGUCCAGAUUCUGUAAUAAUUUGCACAGAAAUCUUUCAAUCUUGUGGAAAAUGUGGACCACUGUAUAACAACAUCUAUUUAUUUUAGUUAAUGAUGGUUAAUAUAGUACACAGGAAGUUACUUCAUUUCUAGGGUUUGAUAACUGUAAAACAAUUCUGUUUGAAUACUCAUUAUACCAAAUUGACAUUUUGCAUUUGAGUAAUAUUUUGUGAAAGGAACAAUUGUUAGUGCGAUACUCAUGUAAUACCUAGAAUGAUGGAUUGAUUCUUUCUCAGGAUAGAUAGUUUGUAGCAGAAACAAAUGUAAUGAUACAAAUUUUAAAGAUGCUUCUUUGUACUGUUCUGCAACUUAGAAUACAGUAAAACAGUACAAGACACUUAAACUAAGAAAUUACAACAGAUUUUCAAUAAAAGGACCAUUAUUUACAUUAAACGAGCAGUGCCUGUAAUCCCAUGCAGUGACUUUUUUCCAUGUUUCUUUGAUUAUCCUUCCAAAUAACUAUCAGUAUCCAAAUUUUAACAUGGCCUCGUGAGUUGCACCAAUGAUAGUGUUCUGUGUAAACUAGGACAUGUCAUCCGUUCCUGCCUUGUAUAUAAUAUUAUAUAACUCUACAUCUAUUCAAAUGUUUUCCUAUUUUCCAUUCUUCCUAUCCUUCAUCAAUUUUUUUAAUCCUCUAUUAAAUAUCUUGUUCCAAUAAAAAAAACGACCUCAGUUUAUUUUCCUUGCUGCACAACUUGCAAGAUAUUGUUGCUGGAAUAUCCAACCUUGUGUGUGGUGAGCAAGUAUUCCCAACAGCAGAAUCAUGAAGAUUUCACAGACACAUUUGAAUCCAGCUUCUGUAUUUGUCACAUUCAAUAUGUUAUAAACUUAUUGUCUACUUGUGAUUUUAAUAUAUUUUAUGAAUUUUUAUAUUAUGACUUUAUAGUUAUGAUUGCAUCCACUUUUGUACUUUUAUACAAAAAAACGCUAAUGUUAAUAUUUAUCAUUCUUUGUAAUUAUCCAUCGCCAGAAUUGUUUGCGAAUAAAUUAAUUUAACAUAUUUGUGUGCGCAUCUAUUU